AAAUUCUCCGGGAAAUAUAUAAAUAUGCUGCGGCGGAUUCUGAGCAGAUCUCGCUUCUCUUUCGCCGUGCGUUUACGCUCGCUAUCUGAUCGAUUUAUUCGAAGCUCUCUUUCGAAGUGUGUUUUGCUGAAACUCGUUGUUUGUGUUGCUGAAUAUUUCAGUGCUUUUAUUGACCAAAACUCGACUUUUGCUAAAUUCGAGUACAUAUUUCGAAGCCAUUCCUUGCUGUUCAAUUUGAGCCGAUUUAUCUGGAAAUUUCUGACGCUUGGAAAAUGUCUCUCCACGCUCUCGUUCCAGCUUUGCUCGGGAAAGAUUGGUGGGACACCUGGGACUACCCCACCAGGAUUGUGGACCAGUUUUUCGGCGACACCCUGCUGGAGGACGAUCUCACCCCCGAAAGGUUCUACCGGGGUUUUCUGCUGCGACCUCGCACCCGAGCCAAUAUCGACGCAUCGGGUAUCUCUGAGGUGAAAAACGAUGACCAACAGUUCAAAGUGAGCCUCAACGUCUCCCAGUUCAAGCCAGAAGACCUGGAGGUGAAAGUGGUGGACAAUUACAUCACCAUCCACGGUAAGCACGAGGAAAAAAGCGACGAACAUGGGUUCGUGUCCAGGGAGUUUACCAGGAAAUACAUGCUCCCACAUAAUUGUGAAAUGCAAACUGUGUCUUCUUCCCUUGGUCCUGAUGGUAUCUUGUCCAUAACGGCACCCAAGAAAGCCAUAGAACAACCUCCACAGAAGGAAAUUAGCAUCCCCAUUGCUAAAGAAUCAAAGAAGUAAUUGGACUAAAAGAACUUGGCAGGCUAUGACUUUCAUUUUGCAGUAUUUAACAAACUAAAUCGAGAGACUAGAUUUCUUUAGGUUUAGUUAAAUCAGGAUAACAUUAGCACAGGUAUGUGACUUUAUUUUGUUCGUUUAAAAUGUGUGUUAUUUACGAGAAAGAGGAUAUUGAGUUUCGUAUUUAAGACACUAUCUUGAGUUUUUUGUUCUGAGAAAAGUAUUCAUGAAGUUGUCAUGUGUUACAUUAUUUUUUCAAUGUUGUUCAAUUUAUGUUGGGUCGUGUGUAAAACAACCAAUGUAAUAUGUUGAUUGUUUUUUCAAUUUCAAAGUUGUUCAAUUCAUGGUUGGUGUAAAAACUGUUAAUGUAAUGUGUAGUUUCAAAGUAUUUAAUGUUACUUAAUGUAUUCCUACGUAUUGUACAAAAUAUUGAGCUUCAAUAAAUGU